AUGUCUGCCUUUGAGGAUUUCUGCAUCGUUUGCGACAAGCAGUGUGCUCCUAACUCUGUUUAUUGCUCAGAGGAAUGCCGCCGUUUGGAUGAAGAGCAGAGCUUUUCUCCAUCUCUGUCUGCUUGCAACUCGAUGAAUCAAUACUACGGGGAGGAUUCAGCAACGCCUGCCCUCAUUCCUAAAGUGACAUCACCUCUUCUGACGCCACAAUUUUUACCUAGAAGCACAAUUUCUUACUGCGCAUCACAAAACGUGCACGGAAUAAGCAGAAAUGUGCUCUCUACACCCGAGCCGAAGACUUUGAGCUAUGAAUCGCCAAUGCUAUCGUGCUCUUCUUGCAAGAAUUCCGGUGAUUUGGAUUGUAACAGCCUCGAUCUUAAUGCUGCAAGUGCUGUUAGAAUGGACAAAUCGCACUCUUUCGGAAGUUUGCAUGUUGUUUCCAACGUUUCGAACGUUCUCGACAGCUGUGCAUCGGAAAAUUAUAGAAAGUGGCUGGCGAUGCAUUAG